CAGGAGGAUUUCCUUCCGUACAGUCACAGUGCUGGAACCUUAGCUCGUCCUUCUGAAAAACUUUUUGAGACCCUCCUCAGCCUUCGAGAUUACCACAAAGAGGUUGAAAACACAUGGGAAAGCAUGCAGCCAAAAUGAGGAAAGCAUCAGUGUUCAAAGGAAGUUUCUGCUGCUUUUCAUGGCUUAUGCCUUUCUGCGGUCAUCAUCACUCAAGGGAACACAAAUUUCUACGAGGGACCUCCUCCUCUUCUACCCACUGUGCUCAAGAAGUCUACUGACCGAAGCAAGAUGCUGGCUGACAAUUCUUCUGACAAUUGUUCCUAUCCUUCCAUGGGUUUCCAGGCCUCCGUAUAUGCAGCAACUUACGUGAUCAUAUUCAUCCCUGGUCUGGUGGGCAACAGCCUUGCACUGUGGGUUUUGUGUUGCUUCGUCAAGAAGGAAAGCAAAGCGGUCGUUUUCAUGAUGAAUUUGUCCGUGGCUGAUCUGGCUCAUGUCCUCUCCUUGCCUUUGAGGAUGUACUACUACAUCAACCACAGGUGGCCCUUUGGGAGCUUCCUCUGUCAAUUCUGCUUCUACCUGAAGUACCUCAACAUGUACGCCAGCAUCUGCUUCCUCACCUGCAUCAGCGUCCAGAGGUGUCUCUUUCUCCUUCAUCCCUUCCGGACCAAAAGUUGGAACUACAGACACGAUGUUGCCGUAAGCGCUGUCAUCUGGAUCGUGGUGGGGGCUGCUUGCUUGCCCCUGCCAAUCCUGAGAAGCUCUGGCUUAACCAACAAGGACAACACCUGCUUUGCGGACCUCGGAGUAAAACAGCUGACGCAGGGAGCCUCCAUCACGCUGAUGGUGGUAGCUGAGCUCUCUGGGUUUCUGCUCCCUCUUGCAAUCAUCCUUUACUGCACAUGGAAGAUGAGGCAGUCCCUGCAGGAUCCUCGCGCCCCGUCGCAACAGGCCAACGAGAGGCGGAAAGCUUGGCAUCUGAUCUUGGGCUGUGCGGCCGUCUUCUUCGUCUGCUUCACCCCCUACCACGUCAACCUCCCCAUCUUUAUGAUGGUCAAACAAAGCGUCUUCCGGAGCUGCUUGGUCCGUCACCACGUCCUGAAUUUCCACACCAUUUCUUUGUGCCUUGCCAGCCUGAAUUGCUGCUUGGAUCCUAUUCUCUACUAUUUUAUGACAUCAGAAUUUCAGCAGAGGCUGUUCCGACACAGCAGGGCUCCCUUCCUGCACCGAUUCAUCCAUUUAGACAACAGCAGGACUGCAGUUUCCGCUGCCAAGGAGGAAGGAGAGGAGGAGGAGGGUGGGAAGAGAAGCGAGAAUAUUUUAAUGGCCUAUUUGCGACCCUUUCGGCCUCAAAGACUUAAAAAUGAGAGCAUGGAUCCUCCUCUGUCUCCUUAGCAGUGGUGGGUUACGAACGGUACACCCUGGUACGGGUGUACCGGUGCCUGCCGGGAGC